GCGGCGUGUGGGGUAACAGGAUCAACAUGCACGUCCGCAUGAACAUAAUAGGGCCGUGUGCAAGGCGGGGAUUAGGGGCAGUUUCAAGGUCCUGUCCAAGGUCUGGACGACCAACACUCUCUCAAUCCCUCGUCCUAUCCAUCCGUCUCAACUCCACGCCACCCUCCGAUAACGCACUUCCGGCAUCCGAGGUCCCAUCCCCGCCAAAGUCAUUUGGCAACCGAACCGCCGAAAGUACCCUCGAAAGCUCGCUUCCACCUCUCUCAUCCCCAUCAACGCAUGUGGACCCCAUAUCAGCAUCAUUAUCCAUGUUGGGUGGAAACACGACGUUUAAUACUGCGAGGUAUGCGCAAAUGCUGCAAGCGGAGGGAUUUACGGCUGCUCAGAGUGAUGCAGUAUUGGCGUUAGUAACCGAGGCUGUCUCUGAGAGCAUGGAGAACGUCGCCCGCUCCAUGGUCACAAAAUCCGAGCAAACUGCCGAGCUAACAGACGCUGAAUCCGAUUUCACCCAACUUCGCUCCGAAAUCCACACCCUCGAGAAAAGGGACUUUGCCAUCCUCCGCGCCGAACUCGAACGCAUACUCCAAGAAGUGGAUCGUAUGAAAUCCAGCAUGCGCGAAGAAGUAUCGCGCGUGCAUGGUGGGGUGCGGCUAGAUAUUAAUUUGGAAAAGGCGAGAAUACAGGAUGAGGCUGGGCAGUUGAGGGAUAUGGUGGUCAAGGCUGAGGAGAGGAUUGAUAAGGAAAUGGAGAGCUUGACCAACCGGAUGGUGCAGAUUCGGGAGGGCACCAAGGCGAGCUUAAAACAGUUUAUGGGAAUUGCCUUCACGGCGUUUUUAGUCUAUAAACUUAUCAGCUACCAACAACAACAAAAGAACCGAUAAAAUUGUUUACUUUGUCUAAUUUUGACUAUUAGUAUUUAUAUAUGGUGGUUGCUAUUGAAUUGCUAUAUCAUACUAGCCAAGUGCUUUGUGCAUAUUUGAAGGUAGG